UUUUUUUUGGAAAUUUCAAACAGAAGGAAGUGAUCUCAUCGGUAUUAAUUUCCUGUUCUUGAAGAUUUCUACUUUGUAUGCGUCCUGUCUGAGAACCACUGUUCCACCUUAUUUGGGGGAAUUAGUUUAUUUUUGUUCAUGCACGGCAGUUUGUAGCAUGAAGUUGGAUUGCAAACACACGACUUCCGACUUCAUCCUCAGCAAGGAUCUGGGCUAGGAGGCAUGGACAGCUCGGUGACCCUCUGGCAGUUCCUGCUCCAGCUCCUGUUGGACCCCAGCAACAAUCAGCUGAUCCAGUGGACCAAUGAGGAUGGGGAGUUCAAACUGCUGCAGGCAGAGGAGGUGGCCAAGCUGUGGGGGGCCCGCAAGAACAAGCCCAGCAUGAACUACGACAAGCUGAGCCGUGCCCUGCGCUACUACUAUGACAAGAACAUCAUAAAGAAGGUGAAUGGGCAGAAGUUUGUGUACCGAUUCGUGUCCUACCCAGACAUCCUCAGUGGAGACUUCAUGGCGAAGGUGGAGGGACCCAGCAGGGAGGGGGGUGGUGGGGGGGCUCCGCCUUUCUCUGAGGGGGGUGCACCUCCGAAGGACGGGGAGAACCGGGGUGGGGGUGAGAGAGCAGGGAUCCAGAGCUCCAGCAAGCCCUCAAGCCGAAAUGACUACAUCAACUCGGGCCUGUACACCACCUUCACCCUGACUUCACUGCAGGCCGGUACACAGCUCUUCAAAUCCAUCAGGGUGGAGAACCCGGGGGAGAAGCUAGCCGAGAAGAAGGUGGCACCGGAUGCUCCCCACUCCGUCAUCAAGUUCGGAACCACGCCGCCCAAGCUCCCGCAGCUCAUCCUCAUGGAAACGCUUUCCCAAGCCCCGCCCCAGAACAAACCACACCCACCUCAGCAGCCAAACCCACCCCCGCAGCCUCCCCCACUCAAGACUGUGCCCCAGGUCAGUGAAACUGCGAUGAAGAACUCUCCUGUCCCACAGGAAGAUACCCCACCCGCAGUGGCGACUGCACCCAACCUCCGCCUCUUUGGCCCUACCCCCUCGCUCCCUGUCCAAUCACCUUCUCAGAGCACCGUUGCUGACUCCUCCCAGGAGUUGGUCAUUGACAGUGACAUGGAGUCCAUCUCUUCCCAGCCUCCUGAGCAGCAUCUGCAACAGCAGAAUCCUCUGCUUUCUUCCGCUCAGGACACCGGUGGCUCCGAGCUCGAGGCUGAGAGCUCCCCAGACCAGAGCAGCCGGGGGAGCAGCCAUAGCGGGAAGUCCAAGAAGCCGAAGGGCCUGGAGCUGACCCCCACCCUGGUGGUGACCAGCUCCGACUUCAGCCCCAUGAACCUGGCCAGCCCCUCUCUGGCCUCCCUCACCCCAGCUUUCCUGCAGACGCCCACCCUGCUGCUCACACCCAGUCCCCUCCUCUCCAACAUCCACUUCUGGAGCACGCUCAGCCCAGUCGCUCCCCUCAGCCCCGCCUGGCGACAGGGCACUCCCACCUUGUUCCAGUUUCCCUCGGUCCUGAACACCCAGUUCCAGAUUCCUGUGCACAGCAUGGAUGGCUCCAACACGCCCACGCCGGCGCCCUUAUCGCCAGACUCCCAGAAGACGUAGGAGGUCCCACGAGCCCCAGGGAGAAUCCCACGCAGGCUUUCCCUAAAACACCCACCUGCCUCAGCCUGCAGACCCAAGCAGUGCUUCCCACCUGUGGGCUCAAACUGGAAGGAUUGGAAGUGUGGAGUCGCAGUGUAUU